AUGAGCGGGGCAAUAUAUGAAGUCGAAAGCAUCAUUGACAAUAAAGUUGAAAAAGGAAAGGAAAAAUUUCGAGUUAAGUGGAAAGGUUUUUCCGAGAAACAUGCAACGUGGGAACCCAUUGAAAAUCUGUUCGGUUGUUUGGAAAUGGUAGAAGAAUACCAAAAGAAUAAGAAAAAAGCUCUUGAUCAGAUUAUAGGAUGCGGCCAGCGCAAUGGAAAAAAGUAUUUUCUAGUUCGGUUUAAGCAUGCAAAGGAAAAUGAAUUAAUUGACUGGGAUACUGCCAAGCAAUAUUCUUUGGACGUGAUGGAAUACUUUGGAUCUCGACUUGUCUGGAAUUCUGUCGAAAAUCUGAUUGAUCCAGAUGUCGAUGAUCAUUUAAUGGAUGAAAAUGAAGUUCCACCGUCAAGUCACACAAACAAUUCACAGUUGAAUUUGCAGACCGAUAUAGCAAAAGAAGGCACAUCAGGAGAAGCUUCGACUUCCGGGCAAUCCAACAACACAUUUCCACCAAAUGAUAUUGAAUACGAAUUCUAA